AUGAUAUAUUUCAGUGAUACAGUUACUGAAGAUAAAGUUCAUAAUUUAUUUUUACGAAAACAUUAUAGAACAUUUACAGCAUUAAUUGCAAACUUUUUACCCAAAAUAGAAAAUUUGCGAACAAAAGAAAUUAGAGAAGUUCCAGUCGAUUCUACGAGUGGUUCAUCGUUAAUUAUGCCUCCCAGAAAAGGAGGAACUAAUUUAUCCAAACAAGGACAAAUUUAUGUUAAUGGUGAAAAUGUAAAUCAAGGUCAAACAGCAGUAGCUGAUGUUGGAGGAACAAUGGCGAUGAGUCAUAUUCCGAGAACAAAGGCCUAUGCUACAACAAAGACUUCUUCAGGAACAAAGGCUGGCCUGAUAAAGCAAUCAAAUUUUAGCAUUGCUCCUCUAAUUCUAGAGGGUGUUAAGCUACAUAAAUUACAAUUAAAUGAUGUUAUCAAACAGCAUUUAAAGGACUUACGAAUAUCUGAUAUUCAGCUAAGUCGAUCAGGUCACUUUACAAUAUAUGCAGCUGAUGUUAGCUCGUUUAAUCGUCUAUUAAAUGAGUUAACACCAAUACUUGCAACAAAUGGACAGGCUACAGCUAAAAUAUAUGUGCCCCGAUCCAUUCAACGUAUUAAAGAUACGGAAAAGGUCGCAUUUGUUAAAAAUGUCGACAUAGAAAUUCCUGAAGGUCGAAUAACUGAAGCAUUAAAGGACGUUGGACUUGAUGCUAUUGAUAUUGUUCGACUAAUGAAUAAAACUAAAAAUGUUCCUACUAGAACAAUCAAGAUUACAUUUAGUGAUCCACAUAAUCGAAAUACAUUCGUCCAUACUGGUUUACAAGUGGACUCAAUACAUUUCAUAGCUGAAGCAGCAAAUCAAAACACCAAACCUGUACAAUGCUAUAUAUGUCUGAAAUACAAUCAUGUGGCAAAAUACUGCAAAACGAAACAGCAGAUAUGUGCUAGAUGUGGUGAAACUCAUCACAUUGAACAAUGUAGUGCUGGUAGUGAUGUAGUAAAAUGUUGCAAUUGUAAAGGAAGUCAUUUAGCAACAUCAAAUGAAUGUGCAACUUAUAAAGAACAGGAGAAACGAAUUAACAAUUUAGUUAAUCAAUAUUCAUCUCCGAAUGUACCAACAACAUCAGCUCCAGCCAUUCAUGAUUUAAAUGAAUUCCCAUCGCUACCAAACAUCUUACAACGUCAACAAGAACACAUUCAUAAUGAAUUAUUCGAUGAAAUUAUCAAUGUAUUAAGCAGCAAAAUGGAAAAGAUUAUCGAAGAAACAACCAGCCGACUAUUCCAGAAGCUACUUACGAAGAUCAAGAAGAUCGAAACAUUCAUCGAAACACACGACAACAACGUUAAAGGUGCCUUGACUUUAUCGGAUUCUGAUUCAGAAGAAGAAAGUCAAAUAGUUAAACACAUUAAAAACAAGCAAAAACAAAAGGUAGCAAUAUCCAAUUUAACCACAUCUGCAAAUGAUACAUCAAACAAACCAACAACAACCUCAAACGUAACUUCAUCGAAACCACCACGAAAAGCUAAACAAGGAUCAAAAACUACAAAAAGAGUUCGAUCACCCAACAGCUCCUUAGAUACAUCGACAUUUGACAGCAAAGAUCUCAAAACAAGCAACAACGAUGAUUAG